AUGACCGCGCAGCCCCCCAAACCUCCCAAGCGACCUCUAAAAACCCCGAAAAAGCAAUGGUCGUUCUCCGAUUUCGAGGUGGGCAAACCCCUCGGAAAAGGGAAGUUCGGCCGUGUGUACUUCGCCCGCGAAGUUAAGAGCCAGUAUAUAGUGGCGUUGAAGGUGAUAUUCAAGGAGCAGAUAGAGAAGUACAGAUUGCACCACCAGCUGCGGAGGGAGAUGGAGAUCCAGACGAGCCUCCGCCACCCGAAUGUCCUGAGGCUGUACGGCUGGUUUCAUGAUGCCGAGCGUAUUUUCCUGAUCUUGGAGUACGCGCACGGCGGUGAGCUCUACAGAGAGCUCCGUAAAUCGGGGAACCUCUCGGAAAAACGAGCUGCAACUUACAUCUCAAGUCUCUCGCAAGCCCUGGCAUAUUGUCAUGAGAAGCAUGUGAUUCACAGAGACAUCAAGCCGGAAAAUCUGUUGCUUGAUCAUGAGGGUCGGCUUAAAAUUGCGGAUUUUGGUUGGUCGGUACAAUCCAGAAGCAAAAGACACACUAUGUGUGGGACCUUGGACUAUUUAGCUCCAGAAAUGGUGGAGAACAAAGCCCAUGACUAUACAGUGGAUAACUGGACUUUGGGUGUUCUCUGCUACGAGUUUCUUUAUGGUGUCCCCCCAUUCGAGGCCGAGAGCCAGAACGACACAUUUAAAAGGAUUAUGAAGGUUGACUUAAGCUUUCCUUCUACUCCUAGCAUUUCCGCUGAAGCUAAAGAUCUCAUUAGCCAGCUUCUUGUAAAGGAUUCUUCCAAAAGGCUCUCGAUUGAGAAGAUCUUGAAACAUCCUUGGAUAAUUAAGAAUGCCAAUCCCAUGGGCACAUUUCCUACUAAAUCUUGA